UCUACCAAGUCCUAGUCUCAACUCAUUCCAUUUUCACUCAAGUAACAGUAGAGCAGUGCUAUUGCAAAAAUGGACCUCGGAACCUAUGGCUUUCCGACACCAACAGCCAAGAAUAUCAUCUCUAACUACGAUGCACCAGAAGGCGUCGAAGUUAGGGGAAGAUAUGAUGCAGAGUUUGCAAAAAUUCUAACCAAAGAUGCUUUGAAAUUUGUUGCUGAUUUGCAACGUGAGUUCAGAAACCAUAUAAAGUAUGCACUAGAGUGUAGAAAAGAAGCAAAGAGAAGGUACAAUGAAGGAGCUCUACCAGGUUUUGAUCCAGCAACUAGAUACAUAAGAGAAGGAGAUUGGAUCUGUGCACCUGUUCCACCAGCUGUUUCUGAUAGGAAAGUUGAGAUUACUGGCCCUGUUGAGAGAAAGAUGAUCAUCAAUGCUCUUAACUCUGGAGCUAAAGUCUUUAUGGCUGAUUUUGAGGAUGCACUUUCUCCAAGCUGGGAGAAUCUUAUGAAAGGUCAAGUGAACUUGAAGGAUGCUGUGGCUGGGACCAUAACAUUCCAUGACAAAGGUAGAAACAAAGUUUACAAGCUGAAUGAUGAGAUAGCAAAGCUUUUUGUGCGACCAAGAGGUUGGCAUUUACCGGAAGCUCAUAUUCUGAUUGAUGGUGAACCUGCAACCGGUUGUCUUGUUGAUUUUGGUCUCUACUUCUACCACAAUCACUCAACUUUUCGGCGUUCUCAAGGUGGUGGUUUUGGCCCUUUCUUCUACCUUCCCAAAAUGGAGCAUUCAAGGGAAGCAAAGAUAUGGAACAAAGUAUUCGAGAAGGCAGAGAAGAUGACAGGCAUUGAAAGAGGAAGCAUAAGAGCCACAGUUUUGAUUGAAACACUUCCUGCAGUGUUUCAAAUGGAUGAAAUUCUGUAUGAGCUCAGAGAUCACUCUGUUGGUCUCAACUGUGGCCGUUGGGAUUACAUUUUCAGUUAUGUUAAGACCUUCCAUGCUCAUCCGGAUAGGUUGCUACCGGAUCGGGUCCAAGUUGGCAUGAGUCAACACUUCAUGAAGAGCUACUCAGACCUUCUCAUUAGGACAUGUCAUAGGCGCGGUGUACAUGCCAUGGGAGGAAUGGCAGCUCAAAUUCCAAUAAGAGAUGAUCCGGUGGCAAAUGAAGCCGCGCUAGAAUUGGUUAGAAAAGACAAACUAAGAGAAGUGAAGGCAGGGCAUGAUGGAACAUGGGCAGCACACCCUGGUCUAAUACCAUCCUGUAUGGAAAUUUUCAACAACAACAUGGGAAAUGCUCCUAAUCAAAUAACCACAAUGAAACGCGAAGACGCUGCAAAACUAACCGAAGAAGACCUUCUGCAGAUACCUAGAGGAGUCCGAACGAUGGAAGGUUUAAGGUUGAAUACAAGGGUUGGAAUUCAGUAUGUAGCAGCAUGGCUCACUGGAUCAGGUUCUGUGCCACUUUACAAUCUCAUGGAAGAUGCUGCGACUGCCGAGAUUAGUAGGGUUCAGAAUUGGCAGUGGCUUAAGUAUGGAGUUGAACUUGAUGGUGAUGGACUUGGAGUGAAAGUGAGUAAAGAACUAUUUGGUAGAGUUGUUGAAGAAGAGAUGGAUAGGAUUGAAAAAGAGGUUGGAAAAGAUAAGUUCAAGAAGGGAAUGUAUAAGGAUGCUUGCAAGAUUUUCACUAGGCAAUGCACUUCACCAACACUUGAUGAUUUUCUCACUCUUGAUGCCUAUAAUUAUAUUGUUGUAGUUCACCCUGUGGAACUGUCAAAGCUUUGAAUUUUGAUUUGGUUCAUACUUCAUUGUGGUUGAUGAUAGUUUAUUGUUCUAAAUUAUGUCCUGUGUUACCUAAGUUGUUGCUUAAAUUUCAUAGUUUAUGUGGAAAGGCCUGGCUUCAUAUGUAAUGCAUAAUUCAAGAUAAUAAAGUUUGUGGUUGUAGCUAUUUUGAA